AUGCCCCUGUCUAGAUUUCUUGCUGAUGCCCUUGGUGUGGUGACGAUAUGUCUUGUCGUUGUUCUGGUCCUUCUGGGUAUAUUCUGCAUCGUGUAUUCGUUUUACCUCCAUGAUCGGAUCCAUGGUCAAGGUCUUGUUCGGCUCAACUAUUUUAGUGGUCCUUGGAUUAUCAGAAUUACAUUCAUCUUUUUUGCAGUUUGGUGGGGUUUUGGAGAGAUUAUUCGGUUAAAUCUAUUGAGACGGGAGGGAAGAGUCCUGAAUUCCCUCAACUUGAAACGUCAGAAAACUGUUUGCAAAUGCUAUGUUGUGUCAAAUCUCGGGUUUGCAGAACCAUGCCUGAUCCUCACACUCAUAUUUCUACUUCGUGCAUCCUUGCAGAAGUCUGGAACAUUAAGCCGGAAGUGGAAUGCAAAAACAGCUGCUUAUGUGCUUCUUUAUUGUCUCCCAAUAUUUGUUCUUCAGGUCAUUGUAAUUCUAAUUGGAACACGGCAUAACAAGGAGAGUUUUGUGCACAGAUUACCUCCAUAUUUCACCAAGGCUUCUGCUUUUUCUAAAACAAAGGACAAUGAUAACGUUGCCCUCUGCACUUACCCUCUGUUGAGUACCGUUGUCCUUGGUCUUUUUGCCUCCCUCCUAACAACCUACUUGUUCUGGCUUGGGAGACAAAUUCUUCAUUUGGUCAUCAAUAAGGGUUUGCAAAAGAGAGUGUAUACACUAAUCUUUUCUAUUUCUGGUUUUUUCCCAUUACGAGUUCUUCUUCUUGGAUUAUCUGUGCUGUCAGAGCCGGAUAAACUUUUGUUUGAUGCCAUUUCAUUCUUAGCUUUUCUUUCCUUUUUAUAUUGUGCGGUGGUGGCCAUCUGCAUGCUCGUGUACCUCCCCAUUGCAGAUUCUUUAGUCUUGAGGAGUCUACAAAGAGAUAUAGAGGCUAGGAGGUUUAUUGAUGAAUAUGAUUCACUAAUUCAUAAUGAAGGCCCUUCAGGAACAAGUAUGUUCACUAGUCCUGGUAGAAAUUCGGCUUCCUUGGAAAGGAGUGGAUCAAUAUCCUUUCGUACAAUGGUAAAAGAUGAAACCUCAGGGGCAUUUGUGGAACCGAACCUAUAUACUCCUAGUCAGCCUUCAACACCGUCCGGGUCACCUAGACUUGUUGGCUGGCCUAUGCUCUAA